CUGACGUAGCUUUUGGGGCAUGGUUUGAAGCAGGGUGAAGCGUGUUCUGAACAACGUGUAGAGAUUUUAGGCACCGUUUUCGGUUUUAAAUUUAUUAAGGCAUAUAUAACCAGAUCCUUAGAUUAUAAGGUUUCAACGUUAUAUGGGCCACAGUUAUAUAUUGAGACACUAGUGUUUUUGUAAAUAAUUUGGCCAGACUGCGCGCUAGCAAAGAUACAAUUCCUUUUUGUUCAAAAGAGGUACACAAAGGAAAUUCGCCGGCUUUAACAAUACUAUCGUAAACUUGAGUUGUCUUAAUGGUCGAGAAAGAUAAUUGUUUCCUUCAAACAGUCUCUAAUCACAGACAGUAUAUCAAGCUCUAGUAUUACUUACAGGCAGUUGAUGUGUCUCUGGUAAAACGGAAACAUCUCAGAUUUGAUAAUACUAAUCCCAAUAAUACUAUAUUUUCAGUAUUCGACAUUUAGUCCAAUUGCUUCACAAAUUCGUUGAGGUCUUUUUCGUGCUAUCGGUGAGUGAACAGCUGCUAUUAUGACGAUAAUCGUAAAAAGAUAUAUGCACAGAGACGCGUACCCUGAAAUCAGAAGAAGGCAGCCAACAAACUAGCUUGCCGCGCUAACGAUUAGCAAAGCUACUCUGUUUGCAAUUCGGCCACCCUGCUAGUGUCUAUGCUGUCAAAAGAAAGCAGUCUAAAGUCCCUGUUAUGUUUCAGUUAUAUCUCCCAGAGUUGGUAUUUAUUAUAUUUGACUUGGAUGUAGUCGACUACCGUAGAAGCCGGCCCCUGUGACUAUAAACAUUUGUGCUAACGUUAGUGUUUGGAGUAGGGUGAAGUUAGCAUUUGGCUAAAGGCUCAUUUGUUAGCUAAAGCUAACGCUGUUCGGUUGUAGCUACAGUGAGCACUGAGUUGCAGUGACAGUAAGGGGACGAGCAGUGGUUAUUUUUCCUGUUGAGAAACAAUGGCAACCGCAACAGGCGAGGCCCUGUUCUUGCUAAAGGAUGUGAAGCCUGGGUCGAAAAAUUUGAACAUCGUUUUCAUCGUGUUGGAAAUAGGAAGAGUAACCAAAACGAAAGAUGGUCAUGAGGUGCGCUCGUGCAAGGUGGCAGACAAGAGCGGGAGCAUUGCUAUCUCUGUGUGGGACGAGCUGGGCAGCCUCAUUCAGCCAGGGGACAUCAUCAAGCUGACCAGAGGAUAUGCAUCCAUAUGGAAAGGCUGCCUGACCUUAUACACUGGAAGAGGAGGGGAUCUACAGAAGAUUGGAGAGUUCUGCAUGGUGUAUUCAGAAGUGCCGAACUUCAGUGAACCAAACCCAGAUCUGCUAAACCAAACAAACCAGCAGAACAAGUCUGGUAAACCAGACCAGAAUCAGAGGGGAAACUCUCCACCCAAUCAGAAUUCAGGUACAACUGCCCCAGGUAAUGGGUCUCUUUCUUCAUUCAACAACAACAACCCAUCAACUGGUCCCCCCCGUGACCCUACGUACGGGGGCAUGGGCCGACCCAACGGUCGGUCACCUGGAAACGGAGCACCUGCAGCCACUGCUGCAGGACCCCCAACAAAGUCUUCAGUUACCAUUAGCAACGGCAGGGACCCAAGGCGUGCCAAGAGAUGAAAUUGCGUCGGGGAGGUGGUCAUGUGGGAAAAAUAUGGACAUCCCCAUUUCCCCCUGCUUUUUUUAUAAUGAACGUUACUGCCCCUCUUCAUCACAGCCUAUGUUGGCCUGCAAAAUUGUGAAUAUAUCAUUAAGCCUUAGUGGUUGAGUGGUGGUCGGCCUUCUUUACCUGUCAUCUCUCUGCAAAUUGCCAGUCUUGCCCCCCCCCCCACACACACACACACACACACACACACCAUUUACACUGUCCUAAACCCAAUUAUCUUCUUUCAAACUAUACACCCUACUUGAGCACUUGAUGCACUUUCUUCUCCUAAUUUAUGUCGGGGCAAACUUGGCUGUCAUUUAAAUCAGGAAACCCCAUUUCUGCUUAUUGGUGGAAAAGGCCUUAAGUUGGUGAAAAUGGACUGAAUGCACGAGCGAACUUCUUCAAAAGGGUCUCCUCCCUCUCUACAGAACUGUAUCAGAAGUGACUCUGAAAGGAAAGGUGUUAGUUUAGAAUUUUUAACGGUCGGUAGAUCCAUAUUAAACAGUCUUUCAUAAAAUAACUUUUUUUGCCAUUUAAUUGUACCUUAUUCAAGGUGGGACCACUUGAAUACUGGUAACAUUGGUUUGGAAUAAAUUUUACUAUAAUUCUGCUUCCA